GUUCAACUGAAGGCAGCAAAGAGAGAGAGACUUGUUCAUCAGCUCUUUUUCUGUUUUUUUCUGUGCACUCGCUCUGCCUCCUCUGUCGUGUCACCGGAGAGCAAAGAGGAAAGAAUAUGGUUUAAUCUGACGCUCCUCUCGUGUCAGCGCUCCUGUAGCGGAUCUUGUACGAGCAGCGGGCAGAGGCUCGGUCCGGUACAAAGACCCUCAAUACCUGAAACCAACCAGCCUGCGGAGCACUAGCAGCACUCCGUGUGCCAUAAAUGGUGGAGGCCGUGGUGGAGUUUGACUAUGAGGCUCAGCAGGACGAUGAGUUGAGCCUGACGGUGGGUGACAUCAUCGUGAACAUACGGCGGGAUGAUGGAGGAUGGUGGGAGGGCGAGCUGGGUGGACGCAGGGGGCUGUUCCCAGAUAACUUUGUCAGGGAGAUAAAGAAAGAGGUUAAGAGGGAUGGAGGACAGGCAAGCAUGAGCAGAACGGACCUUUCCAAUGGCAGGGCCAGCCCGGUGUCUGAGCCCAGCAUACGACCGGGCAGGAAAGGGGACCAAAUCCGUAAGCGGAGGUGUAAAGCGGCGUUCAGCUAUGUGCCUCAGCAUGAAGAUGAACUGGAGCUGAAAAUAGGAGACAUCAUUGACAUUAUAGCAGAGGUAGAGGAGGGCUGGUGGGAGGGAAUUCUUAAUGGGAAGACAGGAAUGUUUCCCUCCAAUUUCACCAAAGAGAUCCUGGCAGAGUCCGACACACCCUCAGUAGACACUUCCGCCUCACAGGAGGAGCUUCGCAGCGGCUGCACAAGUAAGGACAGUCCAGGCAGUGAAGGUGAUGGAGGGGACGGUCGGUCAGAACCAGGGUCAGGAGAAAUCCAGCCCAAGAAGGUCCGAGGGUUUGGCUUUGGUGACAUCUUUAAAGACCAACCCAUUAAGCUCAGACCUCGCUCUAUGGACAUGGACUCAGAUGGGGACAAGGCCAGUGAGGGAAAACCAACAAGUGCUACCACUGAAAUCAUGAAGACUGAGCCUGACAGCAAAGCUAAAGGGCGGGAGCAGUGUAAGGUCCUCUUUCCAUAUGAAGCACAAAAUGAAGACGAGCUAUCAAUCAAAGAGGGGGAUGUCAUCAACAUUAUCACCAAGGACUGUGCUGAUGCAGGCUGGUGGAUGGGGGAGAUUGGGGGAAGGCAGGGUGUCUUCCCAGAUAACUUUGUCAAGCUGCUAGAAGUUGAGAAAGAGAGACCAAAGAAGCCACCUCCUCCCAGUGCACCCUCAGCUAAACACACCAUAGAGAAAAAGUCUGAGAUCAAGAAGGUUCCUCCUGAGCGGCCUGAGCAUCUACCACAAAGAGACCAGGACCGAGGUGAAGAGGUAAAGGUUGGCGACAUCCUCAAGCCCUCUCUCCCAUCUAUCCUCCCCAAGAAACCCCUCCCCCCAAAGACAAGCUCCUCCUCUUCCUCCCUACCCCCACGGCGUCCUGAGAGACCGCCCACUUUAGCGUGCGAAAGCCCCAAGUCUGAGGGCGGGGCUUCGACACCAGAUUCUCCCCCUGACAGGUCACAUGACACUGAUAUGGACCUGGACGCAGUGAUCCCAUCUGCAGAGAAACUGAGUCAUCCAACAGCUUCGCGACCAAGAGUCACAGAUCGUCGGCCUCGUUCACAGAUCAUCGCAACUCCCUCCCUCUCCACUACUGACCUGGACUUACCUGCAGUAGAGGACAGGAAGGAGAAGGAGAGGGGGAAGGAGGAACAGGAGACAGCCUUCACCAGAUCUGUAGAUGUUUCCCUGAGAAAAGGAGCACCUGACAAUAAAGCACCGCUGCCUGCAAAGCCCUCUGUUCUGGCCCCACCAAACUCCAGCCAUCGCUCUGUGUCCCCGUCUUCCUCCUCCGGUCCAAGCCCCUCCCCUGAGCUCCGGCACUCACCUCUGACCCCCCUGACGUUGGAGGAACUCAGGAACCAGCUGAGAGACCUGAGGGCCUCUGUAGAACAGCUGAAGAGCCAGCACAGGCAGGAGAUGAAGCAGUUGGCCGGCAUGCUGGAUGAGGAGAAGAAGAUUCGUAUUAGUUUACAGAUGGAAGUGGACCACUUAAAGAAGAACCUGUCGAAAUAAAAAUGAAAGCAUCCGUGUGUGUGUGUGUGAUCACCACACUGGAGGUCAUCAUCUGAAAACAUUUUCACUGUUGGUCGAGACACUUCAGCCAAAACAAAGUUUGUGCCAAAUAAUCAACUCAGCACCAUGGAAUCAGCCACCAACCUGCCCCGCCCCACCCCACCCCCCGUCAUCCCGAUGCCGCCUUAUCCUGUGUUUGCUUACAUUUUUCUGUUCAGUUUACUGCUAUCUUGUUGGAGCUUGCCGUACCACUGGUACCAACUGACCACGGCCUGUCACUUUGUGUUGCCGCGGUUACAAAACAAUGACACUGAGCCAUGGUUACCGUGGUGACAUCACUGGUACUAUUUGUGUCUGAGCAUGAAGGAGACUCGGGACUUGACCUCCAUAGUAUGGUUGGUGCAGAUGACCUCUGUGCUGUUGUGUGUCUACUCUGUGGCCUUUGCCUCUCAUCUGUGAGUGUGUGUUUUCCAUCUGUGUGAGGACUGCAGUUCUAGACCUGCAAACGCAGGUUGUUUUGGCUAGUCCUGGCUUCUUCAACGGGUAGGAUCUAGGUUAGGAUUUCUGUUUUGGGUUAAAACGCAGACUUUGAGUCACAUCAGUAGCAUUACAUUUUCAGGACACACUGAGACAGGGCUGGGGGUUAAACACAAUCUCGGCAACAAUGAUACACCGAUGAGUAAUGUUUGAUUGAUGAUUGUAUCUGGGUCAACUUGCUACACAGUAAUCCUAUUAGACCACAGCAACCAGGUUAUGUAGCUGUUACCAGUGGGACCAAAGCAUGGAAAAACACAGAAGCUGUUGGAAACAUAAUGAGGAGAGUCAGAUCACACAACACUGAUGAUUUAGAAAUGGUUUGGGUGGAAAAAGAGCAUCACAAUAUCUGCUGUAAAACAUUUAGACAACCAUUUUUGACAAAGACAAGAACUGCAACAAACCAUUUCUACCAUUUGAAAAGGUAACGUUACCAUCCACCAUCCCAGUAUACAAAAAGUCACAGAGUGUGCUGCCAAGCAGCAGCACUAGCAGCCGAGCCCCUUGUGCAAAUGUUCAGACCCCAGCAGCAGUGGCUGCUGCCAUUUGAGGCAUUACCCAGUAUGAUAAGAGCUCAAACAGAAGUAGGAACAAACCAGGUGCACUUUUAUACUUUAUGGGGAAAAAUAUGACAAUUGUUAACAGUGAAGCAGUGAAAAAAAGCCCGAUUUCUAAAGUUUGACGAAAGUAGUGAAAAUGAAAGAUGUUUUAAAAAGAGCGUGGACUCAGCUUUAUGCAGAAUGUGGGGGGAAAGUGGAAGAGCAGCUUUACACACAUUGCCAACACUACUGACAUGUAUCUGCACAGUCUUACAUGAAAGUCGUUGCUCCUGGCCAAAAGAUAGUCCUGCGCAUAACCCCCCAUAAAACUGCAAAAUGUUGAUUUUACAUUUUGAUAUUUGUACAGAUUUAUACAACAAAAAUGAACUUUAACCCCACCUUUAGAGGGCUAACUCAGCAAGAAUCCAAACAGCACAAGUCAAACAGUUCCAUUGACAAAAUUUAAAACUGCCCUGAGAUAUUUGGCUGCCGAUUGCAAUUUUAUUUGAAGAAAAAUACUUGGUUUAGUUUUUUGCUGUGAAAUUCAAAAUCCAAACCACAAUACACCUGAUGUUGACCUUUACCAGGUAAAGGGUGAAGUAAGAGAUUUAAGGAAUGUAGUUCAUGAAAGGUCCUCACAGGAAAAGGAAGAUAAAAAUGUGUGUGUGCGUGCGUGCAUGUGUGUGUUUAUUAUCAUGUAAGGCUCUUUGCCUCUCUUCCUUAUAUGUGCACAGAAUCUAUGGCAACCCAUCACUGUGGCCUUCCUGUUUUUGACUCUAAAUCUGUUUGUCUUUCUUUUGUAUGACAACAAGAAAACUGCUACAACCGAGGCUCCAAAAUGUUUUCUUGACUUGGUCCUUUCUUUCCAGGAUUGUGAUAAAUAUAUACUUUUAUAAUUCAGUGUAAUAAAGAUGAU